CUAUAUAUUCAUACACAUAUAUACAGAUUUUGAUAUAACACAAUCAUAGUUGCAAUCUUUCCUUUUUCUUACAUUCAAUUAACUAAAGUACAAAAAAUUUCACCAUGCAAGAAGCACUUCCAUACAAAUCAUGGAAUCUUUUUCCAACAAAUCCCACAACUCUAAACAAAUCUUCCUCUCUAAUGAAUCAAACCAAUUACUCAAAAGGGGAUUUCAAGAACAUGGUCACGGAAAACGCCGUUAUAGUCUUCGGUCGACGUGGCUGUUGCAUGAGCCACGUCAUCAAGUGUUUACUUCAGUGUCAUGGAGUGAACCCUGUUAUUUACGAUAUUGAAGAAAAAGAUGAAAAUAUGGUGGUGGCGGAGCUGGAUUAUAUCGGUGAUAAAACCGCCGGUGGUGACCGGAAAGAUGGUCAGUGUUUGCAGUUUCCGGCUGUGUUUAUUGGUGGAGAGUUGUUUGGAGGGUUAGAUCGGAUUAUGGCUUCCCAUAUUACUGGAGAAUUGAGUCCUGUUUUGAAACAAGCAGGGGCCUUGUGGCUUUGACUUUUUUGUCCUUUUUCUAUUUAAUGUACUAAAAUUUCCACUAAUCCUUACAUUACACAUUUCUAUAAUUUGUAGUAGUAAUAAUAGUAGCUUUUAUAUUCUCAUUUUAUCUUGAAUGAGAAAAUUUGUAUCAUGGCUUUUGUCUUGAAGAAAUAGGACUCUAUUGUAUCUGAAAAUAAUUUAAUUCUUAUAUUCCCAUUUUAUCUUUAAU